CUUCUGAGGCCCUGUUGAAACCGCGGACCGACAGAAGCAAGUGGACCGGUUUGAAGCUAAGCUAAUUCAGAUAAAUGUUAGCUAGCUGAUUUGUAGUUUUGCAUUGAUUAGAAUUGUAACACACGCGCGGACGUGUUUGAGAAAAAUCUAAGCUGCACGUGAGUAUUUUUAUUCUCGGGCUAACACGUGAAAUACAGCGUUUAUUUUGGUAACCCGUUUCUGUGCUGCUAGCUGAAUUGGCGCCAGUAGUGUUUGACAACAGCGCUCAUCUUCAGUCACGUUCCCCUUGUUAUUGUUGUUGCUGCAAAGCGAAGUGUAGGUGUAAAGAAAAGAGAAGAAAGCACACAUUGAAGUGAAAGCAUGGCAGAAUUCCUCGAAGAUCCGUCGACCCUCACGAAAGAUAAGCUGAAGAAUGAGCUCACCGCAAACAAUGUGCCACUUCCCAGCGGAGAGCAUAAAAAAGAAGUGUAUGUGCAGCUGUAUCUGAAAAACUUGACCAUCCUGAACAACAAGAAGAGCCCGCCUGCAGACACUUUCUCCAGCGACGAGGAGUUACCGGCUCCAGUGGUGUCCAACAAAAGUCGCUCAGGAAGAAAAGCCACCAAAAAGACUGACAAGCCUCGCUCAGAAGAAGUGGAGGUGACAGAUCUCACUGAUGAAGAUUUGAAACAGCAACUGGCCAAACAUGGUGUGGACUCUGGACCUAUUGUUGCCUCCACCCGUAAGCUGUAUGAGAAAAAGCUGCAGAAGCUCUUGGACCAGCCUCCAGUUGAACCUGAAGCUCCCACAGAUGUCACAGCCCUCCCUAAGGCAGACAGUAACCAGAAUGGCAACACAAACUCUGACCAUUACAGUGACAAGGAGGAUGAGGAGAUUACUGCCCCUGAACCAGAGCCAGUUCCUGUGGUAGAGAAACCCGUUAGGAGCCGGGGGAAAGCCCCAGUUACUGUCAGAACAAGCAGUCGACGACAAACCAAGGUGGUAGAGGAAAUCAUCACUGAAGAAACCCCCAAAAAAGCCAGCGAGAGUGUUGUUGAAGACAUCCUUGCCAAUGAAAUAAAUACACCAACAGGCAUCAGUGCAACCUGUAGGCGUCCCAUCCGAGGUGCGGCUGGUCGACCACUAAAACCAAGCGAAUACUGGCUGGAUGAGUCCCGUGUGCAACACCGCAUCCUCACAGAGAGCCGCUCUUACUCUGAGUCUCUAUCCCGAGUUGGCAACACCGCCUCUUCCAGCAAAGCGCAAGGUCGACGAGGCUUCCUGUCUAUAGUGCUAAAGCUCCUGCUUCUUGUUGUGGUGGGUGGUUCUCUCUACUAUGCGUAUCAGAACCUGGAUGCAGAUCAGAUCAACACCCUCAAAGGCCUCUGUGACAGCGUCAUCGUCCCCCUUCAGGGUGCUGUGAACGACGCAGCCACCUACCUGGGCAUCAGCAGCAGCAGCGCCACUACAGAGAACCCCAGCAAGUAAAUGAUCUCUGUAAUCUAUUGCCAUGCCCAUCCCCACCUCCUUGCAGCCUGCCACAGCACACCACAACUCAAGCAGUAAACUUGGCUCACUUCUGCUUUUUACUGACAUGGACGAACAAAGUACACAGAUUCAAUUGGAACGAUAAACUUAUUUCCUCUCUGGACUCAAGCUUCCCUCCCACCUGAAGAGGAAACAGUAGCGUCAGGAUUACACUGUUUUGUGGCAGUCAGAAGAGACUCAUUUUAAUGUUGAUUUUAUUCUGUGCAUUGUUUGUGUCAUUGUGUGUAUUUAACCCAUGUAUGUAGAAACAAGUGCAGACAGGGAGGCCAGUCUAUCCGUGCAUGGUUGUAGUUUAUGAAGGUCAUGCUGUAGUUUCUAACUCUGUGCCAGGUGUUUUUCUGACUGUGAAGUGCCUGGACACUGUUAGCACAUAGUGCCCUCCCAUUUCAAGCACAAGGCCAGUGCUUAUUUCUAAAAAGCAGAAUGUCUUCAAGUGUUUCUGUAUGAUUUUCAACAUUUGCUCCAUAGCUUUAGAGUUAGAGUGAAUCAUUAUAUCUCUGGUGCUCAGGUCCAUUCAGUUCAAAUGUUUUGAUGUGGUCUGACCUGGGUGGAGAGGUGGUGUAAUCAGGUCACAUCACUGCAUGAGGAAAAAAAAAAAACACACUCAGUUAUACUUUAAAAUCUUUUUUUUAAUUUACCGAUCACUGCGUUAGUCAUGUAGGCCCACGUGUGGCUCUGCGAUGACUAAAAUGAUCGCUUCUGGUCACUUUGUAUUGUAAUCAUGAUUUAUAGUCUCAAUGGGUUGAGAAUGAAAAUUACUGUACUUUUAAGUUCAUCAAAAUCAAUUUACAAACAAAAUUUGAAAUGAUAAACCUUUUUAAUAUGAUUUUAAUUGCUUAAAAAUCAUUUUACAGGAAGCAGAAGUGACAGCGUUCAAUCAUGUUUAAUUUUCCAGCCCUGCCAGUGUGCCCAUUUGAGUUUACAUGCUUUUGAGUUUUUGUGCUCUGUCGUGCUUUUUGUUGUUGUUUUUUUUUUAAAUUAGAUUUCUGAUCCUUCAGUCCUUUAUUCAGGAUUGGCUUAUGCAGUGCACCCACAUAGCCCACCUCACAGGUUGCAUGUGUCCAGACGUGGCAGAUCUGCAGAGAACACACAGGUUCAAAGUUAAUCCUUUAAAUAGUAGUGAAAAAAAUAUUUUUUAAACUUUAGUCUACUUCCUCCUGUGAGAAUUACCACAAUUUAGACACAGUAGGUUACUCUGAAAGGGGUCAUUGAUAUUUGGAGAGCUAGGCAUUAGCAUUCACUGGAGGGGAUGUGGGGAGUGGGGAGAUUUCUCGGGCAUGUUUUGUUUCUAUUUUGAUAUUUUUCUAAAGUGGUGUGUUCAACUUUUUAUAGCACAUAUAAAAGUUACUUUUGAAAGCAAUAUGUGAUACAUGCAAAUGAUACUGUAUCUGAAUCUGAACUUUUAACUGACUUAAUACAAGUGAUUCAUCAUCUGGCAGCUCUCCCACAAUGGACAGAAAUGACAGGGGUUAUGUGGGUAAGGAUUUUUAAUCUGUUUAUUUAUGAUAAUGUAGGCAGUGUAUCAUAAAAUAAACUUGGUUGUUGCCA